GGCGCUCUGCACCCAGCCUUCACACAGACAGCACUGACUGAACGGACCGAGAGCUUUGUGCCGAAAACUAAACCCAACCUGUGUCAGACUAAUGAAUUAAAACGGCCCACUCCAGAGAGGCCAGUAGAAGACCGUGUGGACCGCACAUCAACAAGCAUGGAGUUCCCGCAACAGCAGAAACCGGCGGGGGACGGAAAGAUCAUCUAUCCUCCUGGAGUGAAGGAAAUUACGGACAAAAUCAGCAACGAUGAGGUGGUGAAGCGGUUGAAGAUGGUGGUGAAAACCUAUAUGGACAUGGAUCAAGACUCUGAAGAGGAGAAGCAACAGUAUCUCGCCCUGGCGCUCCACCUUGCCUCAGAGUUCUUCCUCAGGAACCCUAAUAAAGACGUACGGCUACUUGUGGCCUGCUGUCUGGCUGACAUUUUCAGGAUCUAUGCUCCUGAGGCCCCCUACACCUCCCACGACAAACUCAAGGACAUCUUCCUGUUCAUCACCAGACAGUUAAAGGGGCUGGAAGAUACCAAGAGCCCUCAGUUCAACAGAUACUUCUACCUGCUGGAGAACCUGGCAUGGGUGAAGUCAUACAACAUAUGCUUUGAACUGGAAGACUGCAAUGAGAUCUUCAUUCAGCUGUUCAAAACACUCUUCUCCGUUAUCAAUAACAGCCAUAACCAGAAGGUGCAGAUGCACAUGAUGGACCUGAUGAGUUCCAUCAUCAUGGAGGGAGAUGGAGUCACACAGGAGCUGCUGGAUACCAUCCUCAUUAACCUCAUCCCUGCACACAAGAAUCUGAACAAACAAGCGUACGAUCUUGCCAAGACUCUGCUGAAGAGGACCGUCCAGACCAUAGAGACGUGUAUUGCAAACUUCUUCAAUCAGGUUUUAGUGAUGGGCAAGUCAUCUGUCAGCGACCUGUCAGAGCACGUCUUUGAUCUCAUCCAGGAACUGUUUUCCAUCGACCCUAUGCUGCUUACCUCUGUCAUGCCACAGUUGGAAUUCAAACUUAAGAGCAAUGAUGGUGAGGAGCGUCUAGCUGUUGUACGGUUGCUAGCUAAGUUGUUUGGGGCCAAAGACUCAGAGCUGGCCUCACAGAACAGACCACUGUGGCAGUGCUUCUUAGGACGGUUCAAUGACAUCCAUGUUCCAGUCAGGCUAGAGUGUGUAAAGUUUGCCAGCCACUGCCUCAUGAACCACCCAGACCUGGCCAGAGACCUGACAGAGUAUUUGAAGGUGCGUUCCCAUGACCCAGAGGAAGCCAUUCGCCAUGAUGUCAUUGUCACCAUCAUCAACGCCGGGAAGAAAGACCUUAACUUGGUCAAUGACCAGCUGUUGGGUUUCGUACGGGAAAGGACCUUAGACAAGAGGUGGCGUGUGCGUAAGGAGGCCAUGAUGGGCCUGGCUCAGCUUUAUAAGAAAUACUGUCUUCACCAUGAGGCUGGGAAAGAGUCUGCCCAAAAGAUCAGCUGGAUCAAAGACAAACUGCUGCACAUCUACUAUCAGAACAGCAUCGACGACAAGUUAUUAGUGGAGAAGAUCUUCGCUCAGUACAUGGUCCCUCACAGCCUUGACACGGAGGAGAAGAUGAAGUGUUUGUACUACCUGUAUGCCUGCCUGGACACAAAUGCUGUCAAGGCCCUGAAUGAGAUGUGGAAGUGUCAGAACAUGCUCAGAGGGCUCGUCAAAGAGCUGCUGGACCUCCACAAGCUGCCUGCGUCCGAGGCCAAUAACACAGCCAUGUUUGGGAAGUUGAUGAGUAUUGCCAAGAAUCUGCCAGACGCUGGAAAGGCCCAGGACUUUAUGAAGAAGUUCAACCAAGUUCUCGGUGAGGAUGAGAAGCUCAGAGUCCAGCUGGAGAUGCUUAUCAGCCCGACCUGCUCCUGCAAACAAGCUGAGAUAUGUGUGAGGGAGAUCACCCGGAAGUUGACAUUUCCCAAACAACCCACUAACCCGUUCCUGGAGAUGGUUAAAUUCCUGCUGGAGCGCAUCGCCCCGGUCCAUAUCGACUCUGAGGCCAUCAGUGCACUAGUGAAGCUGCUGAACAAGUCUAUUGAGGGCACAGCUGACGAUGAUGAGGAAGGCGUUACCCCUGACACAGCCAUCCGCUCUGGCCUGGAGCUACUCAAGGUCCUGUCGUUCACCCACCCUACAGCAUUCCACUCGGCAGAAACCUACGAGUCUCUGCUCCAGUGUUUGAAGAUGGAGGAUGAGAAGGUGGCAGAGGCAGCCAUCCAGAUAUUCAGGAACACAGGGCAGAAGAUAGAGACAGAGCUACAACAGAUAAGAUCAACUCUGAUUCCCAUCCUGCAUCAGAAAGCCAAGCGGGGAACACCUCAUCAGGCCAAGCAGGCUGUUCACUGUAUCCAUGCCAUCUUUAACAACAAGGAAGUGCAGCUGGCACAGAUUUUUGAGCCUCUGUCACGUAGUCUCAAUGCAGAUGUCCCAGAGCAGCUCAUCACUCCCCUUGUGUCCCUGGGCCACAUCUCCAUGCUGGCCCCUGAUCAGUUUGCUUCACCAAUGAAGUCCAUUGUGGCUAACUUCAUUGUCAAGGACUUGCUCAUGAAUGACAGGUCGGUGGGAAACAAGAAUGGGAAGCUGUGGACCACUGAUGAGGAAGUUUCACCAGAGGUCCUAGCUAAGGUGCAGGCUAUUAAGCUGCUAGUGCGUUGGUUACUAGGCAUGAAGAACAACCAAUCCAAGUCAGCAAACUCCACCCUGCGGCUGCUGUCAGCCAUGCUGGUCAGCGAGGGAGACCUCACAGAGCAGAAGAAGAUCAGUAAAUCAGACAUGUCUCGUCUGAGGCUGGCUGCCGGUGGAGCCAUUAUGAAGUUGGCACAGGAGCCCUGUUACCAUGACAUCAUCACACCUGAACAGUUUCAGCUCUGCGGCCUCGUUAUCAAUGAUGAGUGCUACCAGGUUCGUCAGAUCUUUGCUCAGAAGUUGCACUUGGCUCUUGUCAAACUAAUGCUGCCACUGGAGUAUCUGGCCGUCUUCGCCCUCUGUGCCAAGGACCCGGUGAAGGAGCGCCGUGCCCAUGCCCGACAGUGCCUCCUCAAAAACAUCUCCGUCCGCAGAGAGUAUAUCAAACAAAACCCACUCGCUCAGGAAAAACUUGUCUCCCUCCUUCCUGAGUAUGUCGUUCCCUAUAUGAUCCACCUGCUAGCUCACGACCCAGACUUCACAAAACCACAUGAAUAUGAACAGCUCAAAGACAUCAAAGAGUGCCUGUGGUUCAUGCUGGAAGUGCUGAUGACCAAGAAUGAGAACAACAGUCAUGCCUUUCUUAGGAAGAUGGUAGAGAACAUCAAACAGACCAAGGAUGCACAGUGUCCUGAAGAUGCCAAGGCCAAUGAGAAGCUGUAUAUCGUCUGUGAUGUUGCUCUCUUCGUUAUCGCCAACAAGAGCACCGCAUGUCACCUGGAUUCUCCGAAAGACCCUGUCCUACCCUCCAAGUUCUUCAUCGUACAAGACAAGGACUUCAAAAAUGAUAAAGAGUAUCUGUUGACAGAGAUGAGACAAAUGCUGCUCACUGGAAAGCCUAAACCCGCUCCAGUGUUGGGAGCUGUGAACAAGCCUCUGACAGUACCAGGAAGGAGGAUCUUCACCAAGACCACCACAGCCUCAGACACAGCCAGUAACACCAGCACCAACUCUUCCCCAUUGAGUUCCUCAACCAUCAACAAGAACAGCAAUGCUGCCACUGAGUCAUCAGAGAGCCGAGCGCAGGAAAACAAUGAGAACCCAGUCAUCAAGAAUGACGAGGGCAAAAAGGAGGAACCAAGUCAGAAUGCGACCCCUGACGCCGAGACAGAAGCAUCGCCUGUCAAACGACGUGGCCGUCCACCGAAAACGGCCCCUGCUGCUCCUGCGGGGGCUGAUAAAGAGGGAGCCGCAGCACCAACGGGGGGUGGAGCCGGCAGAGGCAGGAAGAGGGCAGCUGACCCCAACUCCAACCCAUCGGUAGAGUCACUCAACAUUAAGAUGUCAAAACAGCAGCAGCAGAACGAUGAAGGGACAAAGAGACAGAUUGACUUGCAGAGGUGGCCAUUUGUGGACAGAGAGAAUGAAAAAGUGAGAAAGGAGGAGUCUGCAGAGGAGACAGGGAGAGCUAUAGGGAAGGUCGCCCUCCUCUUGGGCAGUGAGGGUGACACUGAGAUAGAGCUACAGUCCAGCCCAGAGGUUGUUAUCUGUGGUGGAAAGGACAGAGAGAGAUACCGCCAGGGAGAUACCAAGUCUAAAAGGAGGGGAAUUCCUUCUGGCAGGCAGGGAGAGCUCAACAGUGGAGACGAGGCAGGCGGGCUUGCAGUGAGUUGGUUUAGUCCAGGAAGUCUCUAAACACAGCGUAUCCCAGAUAUUUGGUAUGAGCUAUAUGAGCUUGUCUGUUAAAGAAGGGUUUGUGGAAAUACGCUUAUUUUCUUUCUUUCAGUUAGAUAAGAAAAUUGAUACCACUCUCUUUUAUUCGCGCGACUAGAUCCCAUACAAAGUCAAUACAAAGACACGAAAAGGUGUAAAUUUGCACCAGGUGAUGCAAAUGACGUGACCGUGCGAAAUUCGCCUCAUUCGCGAUUUCACACCAGUUGAAAAUAUUGAGCUUUGAGCGGAGAGACGGUGCUGCUGCUUGCCCACAGACUGCUGCUUGAGCCACAAUCUUUUAUCUGUCUGUGUGCACCCAGAGCUUUAUAAUUCAUAUGUAUACAGAGACCAUAAAAGAGAUUGUUGGAGAAAAGUAAAAUAGGAAAGGCAUCCUUUUGAUUAAACCACGGCAAAAUCUGUUUAUUUUAGGCUCAAACCAGCGUUAUAAACCAGAUUAAAGGGCGAAUAUUCUCUUGGCCUUCGGUGGGAAUACAACAUUAUACGUGAUACAACAAUGAGGGUGGUAUCGAUCCUCUCAUCUAACUCUCUUAAAGCGAAUAAGUAUUUCACAAAAUGUUGAACUGUUCCUUUAAACUGUGUUUAUAGGUGCACAACAACACUGUAACACAUCAAUUUCAGUUUACCCAUCACAGACAGUACUGUUCAGUCUGACUAACUAAGUUUACACCUGGUAUUAACAUGCUUCUUGGGUGAUCUGAUCACAAGUGGACAGCUUUAAAUGUCAGUUUACACCUGGCAUUAGAGUGCCAGAGAGUGCGUCUCCACGUGCGUUUCAAGUGACCACUUGUGGUCUGAUCUCACGCCCCGCUCUAUAUGCAAAUAAACACUAUAUGUCUGUACUUUACUCAAACUUUUGUCAGUCACUGUUCAUUAUUACUGACAUUUUUUUCAGUUCAGCGCCCCACUAGUCCGUCGCUUUUACCUGCGCUGUCAGCAGCCCUGCAGGAGAGGCGCUGGUGCACUAUGGUAUUUUAUAAUUGAACUUUAUCAGCAGUACACACACUUCUGCUUUUUCGAUUGUGUGGAAAUCUGAUGUUUUCACAUUCCCGAUGACAAAGAAAGGCAUUAAUGCCAGAGAAAGUAAAAGUAUGCAUCCUGCUCCCAUCACAAAGCGUGUCUCCUACCGCAGGGCUGCUGGCAGGCUGUCAGCCCAAGAGUCACUCACAGUGGGCGACAGAGGAGGUGGUACCGCCAGCUAGAAGAAAUCCUGUGUAAUGUUCCCCGAAUUUACAAGAAGGCCCAAAUAAUUGGUUUCUAAAGUUUCUCCUCACUCAGUAACUCUCAAAAUUAUGCUAUUUUUUUAUGGGAGUCAGUAGUUAUUUGUUUUAACAAACAUCUGUUGCUUAUCUUGGCAGGUAAAAGAGCCUAAGCAAGUAAUUUACAUUACAGUGAACCAAAUAUACAGCGUUUUGUGUGUACUUACAGGAUGUCAGUUGAGUAGUUGGUCAGUCAGUGUGGCCCAGGAUGCAUUAGCGUUUACGCUACAAAAGAUAUGUGGUCAGAUGUGUCCCAGACCACCUCGGCAAGUGGUUUGAGUGAUCAGAUCAGAAUGCGCCUCAGAUGUCGUUUACACUUGUAUUUAGACUGUCCACUUGUGAUCGGAUCAAGACACGUUAAUACGUGUAAACGGGCAGUAAAGUAAGGAUAUUUCAGUUCCCCAAUAUAAUGGAAGUGCAAUACCACAUCACUGGAGUCCACCUGAAAGAGUGUGACUAAUUAUGAAGGGCUGACAGUCAGUUUGCACAGGAGUUCACUCAGGGUUUUAUUUUUUUGGAUACAAGAAGCAUCUCAAACGGUUUCUUUCAUACAAAGUGGUUUGCAUCAGCCAUUGCACGCAACACUCAAACAUAGAAGAUAUUACAGUUUGUAUUUGCAGUAAUUCACUUGUGAUAUAUUGUAUAAUGGUUAUUCUUAGUGUUAUUAUAGUAACAGACAUCCUCCUGUAUUUUUGUUUCUACACACGUCUUCAACAGUACUUUUAAGGAAAUAUCUCAGUGAAAAAACCUUAGGAUUAAAGUUUCUGGCAAGGAAUUCAUUAGUUCUCAUUAACAUUUUUUUGUUGUCAGCCCAGUCAUCUUUGUUC